GUCAAGGGCUGUGCUCUGCAUUUCGCCUUGCCCGGUUGGGCGGAACAUUUCCUGGCUGUCUGCCCCCGCGGCCCGGUGUUGGUCUCGCUCUUUCCGGAGCCCUGGGGCGAGAGGUGCAUACCCCCCCGUGGGAGGCCCGACAGAAUGUUGCGAUUUGGUCUCCUCCCUACUAUGGCGGCCUUAGCUGUCACUUCCAGGCGCCAUUUUGGUAAUACUCGUUAUCCCCAAAGCCGGCGCAGGCUUAUGAUGGUAGCUUUUGCAGGAACAACAGUUCUAACUACAAGUACCGGACUUCUUUGGAGAAGAGCCCAUGCAGAAGCAUCAUCUUCCAUGAAUCAUGAUGUGCCCACCACCAUGGAUGAGAAAAUGAGAAACAGAGAAGUAGUGAAUGAAGGGAGUGAUGAGGAGAAAGCUCUAGAGUCCAAUAAUGUUUCUCAGGCAGAAGGAAAGAAGAAAAAGCAGCGUUCUGGAUUUCGAGACCGUAAGGUGAUGGAAUAUGAAAACAGGAUCCGAGCUUACUCUACUCCAGAUAAAAUCUUUCGAUACUUUGCCACAUUGAAAAUCAUCAAUGAGCAUGGAGAGUCGGAAGUAUUUAUGACCCCACAAGAUUUUGUGCGAUCUAUAACACCAAAUGAAAAGCAACCAGAAAAUUUAGGUCUUGAUCAAUUUGUGGUGAAACGCUACGAUGGAAAGGAUUUUUGGCAGACAGAGAGAAUCUCCCAGGAACGUGAGAAGUUUGCUGAUGAAGACAGCAUCUUUUAUGCCCUUGGAGAAUGUGGCUUGAUUUCCUUUUCUGAUUACAUCUUCCUCACAACAGUUCUGUCAACUCCUCAGAGAAAUUUUGAAAUUGCUUUCAAGAUGUUUGAUCUAAAUGGUGAUGGAGAAGUGGAUAUGGAAGAAUUUGAACAGGUUCAGAGCAUCAUUCGUUCCCAGACUAGCAUGGGUAUGCGUCACAGAGACCGUUCAACUACUGGGAAUACGUUGAAGACCGGCUUUAAUUCAGCAUUGACAACAUACUUUUUUGGAGCUGAUUUGAAGGGGAAACUGACCAUCUCCCACUUCUUGGAGUUCCAACGCAAACUUCAGCAUGACAUUCUCAAACUUGAGUUUGAAAGGCAUGACCCUGUAAAUGGUCGAAUCACAGAACGUCAGUUUGGCAGCAUGCUGCUGGCUUAUAGUGGAGUACAAUCCAAAAAAUUGACUGUGAUGCUAAAGCAACUCAAAAAGCAUUUCCAGGAUGGAGAGGGACUAACAUUUGAGGAAGUAGAGAACUUCUUUACGUUCCUGAAAAACAUAAAUGAUGUUGAUACAGCUUUAAGUUUCUACCACAUGGCUGGAGCAUCUCUUGAUAAAGAUACAAUGCAACAAGUAGCCAAAACAGUGGCAAAGGUAGAGCUGUCAGACCAUGUAUGUGAUGUCGUGUUUGCCCUUUUUGACUGUGAUGGAAAUGGAGAGCUGAGCAAUAAGGAAUUUGUUGCUAUCAUGAAGCAGAGGCUUAUGAGGGGUUUGGAGAAACCCAAAGACAUGGGCUUCACACGGCUCAUGAGGGCUAUGUGGAAGUGCGCUCAAGAGACCGCCUGGGAUUUUGCCAUGCCUAAGCAAUAAUCACCAGAAGACAAAAGAGCUUGGCUGCACCACUGAACUGGCAAGAAUCUUGAAUUCUCCUGCCUUCCUCUGCAUCGUGAUAGAUGCUCCACGAUGGAAGGUCUUCUUCAGUGGAGGGACUGUUCUUCAUUACAGCACUGAAAGACAAACCUUGGGAGGCAAAGACUGUUGAGCCACACGGCUUACUUCAAAAUACCUAAGCAGAAAUUUGAGUCCACUCUGACAUUUAUCUUGAUAGUUGGUUUGCUUACUGACCUACAAACAUGUUUCUGUUUUUCAUUAAGUUUUCUUUUUUUGUCUCUGGACGACCAAACCAAAUCCUUUGUUACGUAGGUUUGAAUAUUCCAUCUCUAGUAUCUCUAGUAGAAAAUGACCAAGCAAGGAUGGUUCAGUGGACAGUACAUCAGUAGCAGACUGAGUAGAAGGGAUUUGUUGGAUCAAAACAAAACAAAAAUCAGUAGACUGAGCGUUUCCUCUUAUCCAGUACCCCAAAAUUGAUCUGAAGCAUUUGAAAGAUAAAGUGGGGAGGGGGAUCAUAAUAAAUGGAUCAUGACAUUCAGAAAUCCUUGCAAAAUAUCCAGAUAUAGAUUCUUUUCUCAGUUGUCUGUGAGUUUCAAAGCAGAAGGCAGGUGGGAUGUUAAUAUGAAGGAAUAUUGAAGAAGAGAAUGUUUCUUGGUUAAUGUUUCUUUGUUGUUGUUUUUUAAAUACAGGGUUAAAUAUAAUGUUCUUCUCAUUUCUCAUUCCCUAAGAGUUACCUUAGAUUUUGACCCUUAUCAAUGUAUGCAUUUCUGUCUGUAAUUUUCCUACUUAUGAUCUUACACAAUUAGUCCUUAAAACUGCUUUUUACAGAGAUUUGAGUGCUUGUAAAAUAUUAUUCCAAUUACAAUAGAUCCCAAAAAAAUCUCUGAAAGAAAAA